GGUUGCAGUCUCCUCAGCGCCGACAGAGUCAACGCAAAGAUCAAAGUCGUCUGCCAGAUCUGCCCCGUCUCACGCUCGUCAACAGUCUUCGGACGUGUCCUCGGCAAAGAAGAGUGAGCCGAGUUUUAAAAAACCGGCGGAUGAUGAUGGCAUUCGGGUUACACCACUGAAGAAGACUUUACCCGACGACGGCAUACGGGUCUUUCCUAGCAAGUCAGACACGAAAAGCGACCGUGCUAGGACGCCACGAGCGUCGGAGCGGCCAGUCCGAGCCCGCCAGACCAGCGCGCAAAGAGACGAGACUCCGUCCCCUCCGAGUCGCAGGGACGUGAUUGAGGUCAUUGAGGAUCCAGACUCAGAUUCGGAUGGCCAACGUACACCGACCCGAAAGGACGCGAAGCCCUUGCCAAAGGCCCGCCAAAAGGCUCCAGAAAGGAAGGAGUCAAAGCCUGCCACAAUGGUGAGCGGCACUACCGGCACAGAAACAAUCAUCACGGAAACGACAGACACUCAGACAUCAAUCACCGAGUCCACUGAGCAGCAGACGCAAGUCACAGGUACUACGGCGACCGAAGAUGUAUCUGACAGCGGCUCAGCGUCUGAUGACUCCGAUCUUCGGUCAGAUAUGCCCUCAACGAUCCUUCCGAGGAAUCUAGCUGAGAUCCCGGUCGGGUACUCGGCUUUCAGUGAACUCGAUCUGCCACGAGCGCCUCGAAGACGACCCAUCGCGAAGCGGGAGUCCAGCUUCAAAGGAGCAACACACGUUUUGAAAAAGGCCUUGGAGGGUGGCAAGAAAAUCAUCGCCGAGAAAGUUGACCCCCCCAAGCCAGUAGUCAAUCAGCCUCCGAAUAUCGAGAACUGGCUGAGCGGAACGGUCGACCCCUUUGUCGAGACUGCGAGUAGCAAGGCCACCGAAACCGAGCUCGAGCCGCCAAAGAGCCGAGAAAUGCCAAAGAAAGAGACCACGCCGACACGACCCGUUCAGCGCAGCACAAAACCCGCUCCAGAGUUGAACUUUACUGCCUCCACUAAAGCCAGCGACGAAACUAUAACAACGCCGAGACCGCUGAAGGUGCGCCCUCAGUCAGGUGAGCGCCUCAAGACCAGCCAAUCGUCUCAGGAAGUGUCCGCUACACCUCCUUCAUCUGGAUUGAAGAGAAGGACCGCAACACGAAGCACUUCAUCACCAGUCAAGAAUGGAGGCAAGAAGGGAUUCGCCGACCGGCUUCGUGAUGCUUUUCGUGGCGAAUCCGCCGGACACGCGCCCCCUCCUCUAGAGUAUCCGAGUUGUUCUACUGUGAUAAGCUACGACAGCUACGACAGCUAUGACAGCUACUACGAUGACCAAACAGAGACAGAUGUGACGUACUCGCAGAAUCGUCGAUCUUCGGGCUCUCGAAGCCCGACUGUCAUCACAGCCACCAGUGACGAGCGCUCUUCCGUUACCGAUGAUUCCUCGUACCUUUCCAAGUCCUCAGCCGACAACGCAAAACGCCGGCCACCUACAAACGGCCGGCACGAACUGUCUACGAUCCUUUCGGAAGCCGAUACUUUCAGCACACUUAGCUCGGACAUUGAGUCCAUGCUCUCGGACUCGACAUUUACACAGACGACCGGACUUACGAAAUCUACCGGCUCCAAUGCCAAGGUGUCGAGACAGCGCAGUCACCAGAGCCGCAAUGGCAGCCUCAAAAGACGGCUCACCAAACAUUCCGAUCUUGUCUCUGUUCUGUCCCUGCCUGACGAGGGACCUGCGCCAAGCCGAAGCCGAAGCCUGCGAUCAUCCCGGAGUGUAAGCCGGGCACCCAGCAACAGGGGCGGGAGGUCGGUCGACAAUCUCCUUCGAGAUUUUGCCAAGGAUGAGAACCUGUACCAGAGGGAGCUGAAAACCCUGGUUGAUGGAGUUCUACCCGUCCUACUGACGCAGGUCGUCAAGAGUGACAAAGAUGUCAAGGAGCCGUUGUCGCCACGUGCCUCACAAAGCAAGAGCGAGACACUCUCGAAAUCGGUUGUCGACAUGGGCAUGGCAUUAGAGAAAUUGAGGAAUGCACACAAGAAGUGCCCGUUGGGUAAUGUCAAACUGCUACCACAGUGGCUUGAAAGCACGCACGCCAUCUACAACAACUACCUAGAUGUGUGGCGACUUACUUUCCAGGGAGUCAUUGUUAACCUCAGAGUCAAUUCUCUUGAUGACAACGAUUCCCUCGUCAAUGCCAUGCCUCAGAAUGAAGAUGGGGACGUCGUGAACCAAGCAGGAGAGCGCAUCGACGUGGCACAUCUUCUCAAGCGACCGCUGGUCAGAAUCAAGUGGAUCACCAAGUUCAUUCAAGGCUACCGCAAGAUCGCGGCCACAGAUGACUACGCCUCGCUCUGUGCCAAUUGGGAGGAACUGCAGGACAAAGCCCGCAGGCGGCACAAGGAGGAACAAGCCCGCGCGACUGAUGAGGAAGCUAUCAAUACGGACACGACACGGUGCCGAGACUUAAGAACACUGUCGGCCUUGGACUAUGUCCGCAUUGAUCAUUCCCGCCAGGUGUACGCCAAGGACACCUUCAGACUAGAGCUGCGACAUUCCCAAGGUCAGCGACUCGGUUGCCAAGUAGAGCUUGUGUACCGUGACAACCAGCUCUUCAAGUCAGAUCCAGGAGAUCUGCUCAUCAGAGAGAUUGGCCACGAGGGACGGAACUGGCUGCUGUUUGCCCCGGUCCUUGGCAGCCACCUUUCGGCAAGAAUUGGUGACGACAAAAACCAGCUUGUCGUGAUGGUCAGGGGUCACAGAGAAGAGUGGACGGAGCUCCUCAUUCUCUCAGCUGAAGACGAGGAGCAAAUCGCUGACUGGCUUGAUAUUCUGGGUACCACUCCUGUGCCGCCACCAUUGCCCAGUGCUGAAUUCACGGAGGCUCAGUCACGGUCUCUUCUGGCGGGAUCAGAAGUGGGCGAUGUGCCCAUCGGUGAACGAAGAAAUCGACGUGGAGUGCCUCAAACACAAUCUUUUGGCUCGAUGUCACCGGCGAUGAAGUCAAGAACGCCAGAAAGGUACCACACUCGUAAUGCAAGUGUGCCGAUGGCGCAUCUGCAAGCUCUGCCGGUUCAUGAGCCGAGCCUGCCUACACACCCUGAGUCUUUACAGCGUACACACAGCAGAUCCCGACACUCCUUACCUUCUAACCCUGGGCCGAGUGACAGUCAGGAGCGGAGCAGGCCGCUGAGCGAGUCUAUGCGCCCAGACCCGGCCAUGUUCGUGGUGACGCAACCAGACGACGAACCAGUGGCAGAUGUGCCACCGCCUCCUCCAGCUCACCGGACGAUCAACCCCAGAAAGCAGCAGCAGCAUCAUCUUGCCCCUCCAGCGGACGAUGGGCGGCUCAAGCGACGCGGAUCGUCGCCGCUGAAACAUGAAUAUCAGCCGUCUGAUUUGUCGUCCGUAGAGUCGUCCGAGUACAGCUCAGAAUCGGACUCGGGAUCAGACACAGAGACUGAGGGCGAUGCCAGCAGUUACGAGUCUUCUGAUGACGAGUUGGAGGCCAUUGAGAUGCCGGAGACGACACCAGCGAUUAGUAUCAAGCAUCAACAUCACACUGACCAGGCGCCGGCACAACGACACUGGGCUGAGCGCGUAGAAGUGGCAGCUGAAGAGCCUAUGAUCUCGACACUACCUCUACAACCACAAGAGCUGAGACGUCCGGAUCCAGAGUACAUUUUUUAUGCCACGGCCACCAUCUCCUACUGGGACACAAAACACGGAGCAUGGAAGGACUUGUGGCCAGACUCGUGCUCGGUCAUCACCACCCCCGGCCUCAUUGAGGUCUACCCGGUCUCGCCCGAAGGGGCUCACUACGGAGGCGACCAGCCACUGAUUGCACUCGACUUGACUCCACUGGUCUCGCUACGCAACAGCACAGUCCUCGACCUCGAGAUUCGAUCACCAGCCUUGAGCUACGCAAGGCUUUAUGCCAAGAUGACCAAGGCGGAUGCCUCCAUCUUCCGCUUCCGCAACCCUACAUACCUCGAUAGCGAGAAGCUGUACCUCGCCGUCCACCGCGCGCGGAUGGAUAAUGCCAAGUAUAAGGCGCUGGCAGAGGAGUCGCGCGUGCGAGCUUUUGGUCAGAACCGGUUUGCCAACACACAAGAAGACGCGAACAGCAGCCGGCGUCGCAGCUGGUUUGGGCGAAAGAACAGCUACCGCGCAUCGGCGCGUGCGCCGUCGCAAUCUCAGGGUAGUGUCUCGCAGCAGUCGGGUGUGUCUGCAUCGUCAUUCUUGAAGAGACUUAUGGGUGGUGCAAGCCACUCUUUCGACAUUGAAAUGUCGUCCGUCGAUAGACAAGGCCGCAGCGGCAGCGGGAGCCCCUCGCAAUAUGGCUCCUCAGCAUCUUCAGCAACGCCGCCCAGAUCGCCCUCCAUCAGCGCUGCUAACAGCGGGCCUGCGAAGAUGAGUCUGACGACAAACAACCUCAAGAUCCGGCUGCACUUGCUUGUGAGCUCCACGAAGUGGGAAGACUACGGCAACUGUCUACUGGAGGUCAUGCGACCGGAUCAGGGUGUGCACCAGAAACUCCGGACACCGCAGGGUAUGGAGAAGCGCAUCGUAAUCAAGACGUGUCCCAGGAAGAGCACCGAAGAGAGUGUCGUGGUGCUCGACGUCGUCCUUGGCAGUCGCUGCUUCACCCGCCUUGGAAGCCGCGGCAUCCUCCUCAACGUCUGGGAGGAGGUCAAGGACGAGACCGGCGUCGCUGGCAUGGCGCCCAAAGAUGGCGGCAGCGGCGGCCAGGUCAACAAGUGGUGUUUCCAGUGCGCUUCCGUCACGGAGGCCAGCUGGAUUUUCGGGCUCGUCACGCAAGAGGUCACGAUUUGGUAGAUCGCGACUCUGUAAGCACGAGACCAUGUUAUGUUUCUGAAGAAUCUGCCACCUUUCUUUCAUCAGGCUUGAGCAUUUGGUUGGUUGGCAUUUGAUUUCAUCUUUCUUUUGUCACAUAAGAUACCCCCAGUUCGGCUUUUCACUUUUUUUCCCCCACGGCGUCUCUUGUUUCUAGAGCCACAUCAGCCUUUACUUUUAUUUCUUCUUUGUACAUCAAGGGAUUUUCUCGCAUAGCGUUGGGGCAUGUAUGCAUAUACUAGCGUACCUGGACGGGGUAUAAUCAUGGCACAUGGAUAGACUGUCAGGCAAGGUUCAGGACUCGAACGAGUCCUUGAUUUCAGGCGUCAGGGUGUUGGGGCCCGGUGGGGAGACCGGCCAAGGUUGUGGUUUUGUAAAGCAUGAAUAUGCUGGUACAUUUUGCGAUGUCAGAUCUGCGGGUAGGAUAAUCACCCAGGUAGCCAUGAGACACGACGCAUUGCACAUAAUCAAACUGCAU